GACUCCCACUUCAUACGUCCCUUAUACCACAUACGUUACUUUCUCUGGAAAAAAUACAAGGCCAAGAAGGCUGCUAAGGAGGAAGCUAAGAACCAGAGCCAGGGAACGAGUGGCGCCAACCAAGAGGGCAGGAAGAGCAAUGACGAGAACUCUGCCCGCCCUGACGCUGUGCCCGAAGGUGGACGUGCUUAGAUCCAGUUUCUGCCUGUUUUUUUUUUUGGCAUGAGUCACUAUGAGUGACUUCAACACGCUAUGGGAGAUGUCGUUUGAGUUGGGAUAGAUAGCUGUGGUGAUCUAUUCAGGAUGGAGACGUUCUAGGGAAGGUCUUGGUUGCGUUGUUAAUGUUGAGGCUUUAGCGUUUAAAGCUUACGGUAUAAUCACUUUCUUUGUUCCACAUUCAUGAAUAUCAUACCAUCUCGUUUGUGCUGCGCUACUUUUUUCUGCAAACACCAACACCAAAUUUGGAGUAUGAAUGCCAUGUC